AUGGGCGCUGUCGGAGCUGAAACAUGGCUGACUGCCGCCAUUGCAGUGAGCGUCGCCGUUUUUGCAGCUUACGUGUACUCGUCUCUGCCUCCUGACGUCGCAGAACCUGGCAAAGUCUUCAUCCUAAAGGGAUUUGAGCGAACCCUUACCUUCAUUGACAACGCCUACAUCGGAUAUCGGCUGGCACCUGAAAACAAGUUCCCCAUUCCGUUUGAAGACUGUCUUAUAGCUACUCAGCAUUUCCUCCAACACGCCAGUGAGUACGGAGUCGACUCAAAGAGAAUCGGCGUGGCAGGCCAAAGCGCUGGCGGCAACCUGGCUGCUGCGGUGGCUCUGAGACUGAACAAGGACGACAAAAAAAAGUUCCCGCCAUUAAAACUCCAAGCGUUAAUCCACCCCCCUCUCCAAGCUUUCGACUUUCAAACUCCUUCUUACGUCAGAGGACGCAAAUACUUUGUAGUCCUCCCUCCCGAGAGGAACAUUAAAUGCUGGAUACGAUAUCUCAACAAUGACAUGUCUCUAGUCGACACGUUUUCAAGCAACAGGCACACCACGACUGCGCUGAAGAAGUCGCGUUACGCCAGUUUCGUUGACCGACACAUUCUCGACGAGUCCGUGCCAAGAUUGAUACCUGAAGACGUCAGGGUAGAUCUACCAGACGACAUGAAGAACAUCUUGAACCCCUACUACGCUCCACUGAUGUCAGAAGACGCCGACUUGUCUGGACUGCCCAACACGUUCAUCACCGUUAGUGGGACGGAUGUACUGAGGGAUGACGGGAUAUUGUACGCCAGGAGGCUGGAAAUGGCGGGAGUUCAGGUCCGACUGGCGCGCUACCCGGCGGGCUUCCACGGAAUUAACCAAUCAAAGCCAUUUUACUUUGAGGUCGGAAAACAGCUAGAACAGGACUUGGCAACGUUCUUACGCGAUCAUCUGUAA